AUGGGCGAGCCGUCGGACGGGGUCAAGAACUAUCGUAAGCCGCGACGGAGGCCGGCUCAUCUGCGCACCAAGACUGGCUGUCUGACCUGCCGAAAGAGAAAGAAAAAGUGUGACGAGAAUCCAAUCAUCUGCCAGAACUGUGCGAGAAGGAAGAUUGACUGCGUCUGGCCUGCGCAGGCAAACUCGAGGGUCAACGUGCCAAGCCCAAGUGUAGAUGGACACAGUGCGUCGUCGCCUGUUCCAAGUCUCACCAUCGACCAUGACCACACUGGAUUCUAUGCUACUGAAGAUGAAAAUGUGUCCCCACCCUCAACAUCGCUCUCGCCAGGAUCUGCUAUCCAUAACGUGGACGACGACGACGACCUUCCUCUGGUAGUGUCUCCUCAACUCACCACCAUCUCCUCAGUCACAAAGAUCCACAGCCCUCCGGUGUUCGAUUACAUGCGGAUGGUGUUUGUGCCGCAGCUGGUUCGACCUGCGACCGAUGGCCAAUACAUCCACGACUUUACGAGUGGGAGCCUCCAAGUGGCCAACAGCAUCCCGUUCUUCAUGGAUGCUCUCCUGGCCUGUUCUGCUGCCGAGAUCAGAGAAAACGACCCGCUCCAUCGCAGAAUAGCUGAGGCACACUAUAUCAACGCGAUAGGAGGUAUGCGAACCUACCUCGCGCAAGAGAACUCUCCAGUCGCCGAAAUUAUUGCCCUGCGGACUGUUCUCAUCCUAUGCAUAUAUGAGAGAACUCGGCUUUACCGCUCGGAAGGUGUAUCGACCCAUUUGUAUGGAGCGGCGGCGCUGCUCAAGUCCUGCUGGAAGCAAAUGGAGACCUCCAGAAGCGUGCCGGCGGCCUGGACGACCACCCGCAUCCUCACCCUGGAGUCUUUUAUUUUCCAUGUCGCCACAAGCAUUCCCUUUCAGCACCCGUCUCCUACGUCAUCGGCCCUCGUGGAUGAAACCUUUCUGAACGCCCAGCUGAUGCUGGAGCAGCUCUGGCUGGAGGGCACAGUGGACUAUUCACAUUCGCCAGUCCUUGGGGCACCCCCAAUGCUCUUUUCAUACGUGCGACAAGUGGCAUGGGCCUAUUCGCAAUAUCGCUCCCAAAUAUACGAUCUGCGAGAAUGUCACCGUUUGGAACAGGGUCUCCGGGGGUGGAGUGAUGACAAUAUUCCGGACUCAGAUACUGCCGAUGCCGCCGACAACAGUCUCUCCUUGUCUUUGUUCACUAGUCGUCAGAAAGCCAAUCAACCUUUCUUCGGCCCGAGACUCUAUUCCCUUGCUGCGAAGCUCCUCCUGAGGCGUAUGAUAGCACGUUCCUCAGGGCUGAGAGGCCAAUUUCUCUCUCAACACCUCUCGAGCUUGCUAUCCGAGAUGAUGCUCCUUGUCCGCUUCAUUGAACCGACCGUGGACUAUUUUGCCGAAUACUAUGCCUGGCCAUUCUACUGCCUGGGGGUGUGUACCGACGAUCCACAGGCCCAAAUUUUGUUGAUGAACAAGAUCAUGGCAUUCUGGAGGAUGACCAGGAACGGGACGAUGAGACGUCUGGCAGAUAUCUUGACGCAGGACUGGGAAUUUUCGGCCCAUUGA